AAAGAUGCUUUCAAACUUUGUGCGUUCAACUCUCAUUCGUCGUGCAUUGUAUUCAACACAGGCAGACGCCUUGGAAGGCUUAAGUGCAGGCGAAAAGCAUAUUUACACAAAGCUUUCUGAAGCACUCACUCCCCACAAACUGCAAGUGGCCGAUGUUUCAGGGGGCUGUGGAUCUAUGUACGCUAUUAAUAUUGCAUCUAAAAAAUUCGAAGGAAUGAGCAUUGUUAAACAGCAUAGAAUGGUUAAUGAAGUACUGAAAGAAGAAAUCAAGGGAAUGCAUGGUCUUCAGCUCAAGACAGCGGCCAAAUAA